AUGGGAAUAGGUAAAAGUCAAUUUACUGAGGAAGAACUACAAGAUUAUCAGGAUUUGACGUAUUUUACGAAAAAAGAAGUUUUACAUGCACAUCAAAAGUUUAAGGCUCUUGCUCCAGAAAAAGUUGGUCACAAUAGAAAUGCCAAACUUCCUGUGUCAAAAAUCUUACAAUAUCCUGAAUUAAAAGUAAAUCCUUUUGGAGACAGGAUUUGCAAAGUUUUCAGUUCUAGUCAAGAUGGAGACUGUACUUUUGAAGACUUCUUGGAUAUGAUGUCAGUUUUUAGUGAUGCAGCUCCGAAAGCUGUAAAGGCUGAACAUGCGUUUAGAAUAUUUGAUUUUGAUGGUGAUGAUAUGCUUGGCAUUGGAGAUUUGAGACAAGUAGUCGAUAGACUUACUGCACCUCAGAGAUUGAAUGAAACGGAUAUGCAACAAGUUCUUCAGUACAUACUUGAUGAAGCGGAUUUAGAUGAUGAUGGUGCAUUAAGUUUUGCAGAAUUUGAACAUAUUAUAGAAAAAAGCAACGAUUUCUCCAUGAGUUUUUGCAUACAUUUAUAAAGUAUCAAAUACUAUAAAACAAUGAAUGAUUACCAUAAGACUGAAUGUUACAUUAGUGUAAAAACAUGUACCAAUAGGCCUAAUCAUUUUUACACUAAAAAAAAGGUGAGUUUCAGAAUUUGUA